UAGGAAAACUUUUUAUCUCCAUCUUGCCGUUUGUGUGUUGCUUAUUCUUUUCGCUGGGUUGAUGUCAGGUCUGACAAUAGGCCUUCUCUCUUUCGACGAAACUUUUUUAAAUGUUUUGAAAAACGGUGGUCUUCCUCGUCAACAAAAGUACGCCACAGGGAUAUUACCUUUAGUGAAACGGAAACAUUUUCUGCUGGUUACCUUACUGAUUUGCAAUGCCGCUUCCAUGGAGGCGCUACCACUGUUUUUAAACAAACUUGUUCCUGAGUAUCUUGCAGUUAUAUUUUCUGCCACUGCCGUGCUCUUCUUUGGCGAGAUAGCCCCUCAAGCAAUUUGCUCGAAAUACGGGCUCGCAAUUGGUUACUAUCUUUCACCGUAUAUCCCGAUAGAAACUUACGAGUUACCUUAUUACCAGAUUUGUUAA